AAUGGUUCUUGACUCACGAGGAAUAGGCUACGUGUACUACCACGCCAUGCGAAACCAUGGCAGAAAAAUUGCACAGUUUGACACGGUCACGAAGGAUGAGCAGACUUACGACGAAUUGCUGCGGCACUGCGUUGGCGCCGCUCAAGCAUUCCAAAACCUUGGUCUCAAACCUGGCGAUUUCAUCUCGGUAUGCUCGACGAAUCACAUUGACGUAUGCGUCCCCUUCGUCUCGUCGCUAUUUACCGGUGUAAUUAACGCAGCUGUUGAUCCAUCGAUGUCGGAGCAAGAAAUUGUCCACUUGCUCAGUGAGGUGGGGCCCAAAAUCAUUUUUGUCGAUAAAGAUGCCGUGGUGCUUAUCGAAGGUGUGGUCGAAAAAUUGAAGACGAAACCGUUGAUUGUGGUCUUUGGAGAGAACGAAAAGUACUCGUCUUUCUGCCAGUUUGUCACCUCAAUCUCUGCCGACAGUGGAACAACUGCGAUGCCAAAAGGUAUCUGCCAUUCUCACCGAUCUAUGCUGUCAAACAAGCUGCAUUGUGAGUUUAAGGACUUAACCUGUAUCGCUUGGUUCACAAAUCCGUACUGGAUGACUUUUUACUUUGGAAUACAGAGAUGUUUCUUAAAUGGGAUACGCAGAUACAUCCUGCCACCUUUCACAGGUACCGAUACAUGGGCACUACUCGGCUUCAGAAUCGAUGCACUCACAAUCGGCACGUUACAAGCUCUCACCUUCGUUCACCUUCCGACGCCUGCCCACACCGAUCUAGGAAAUCUGGUUCAGCUUCAAUUGAGUGGUUUACCUUUACUAGAAGGACUGGCUCGGAAGCUGCACGAAAAGCUCCCAAAGACAAGGAUAAGUAACGUUUACGGACAGAGUGAACUUUUCGGGUGGCCCUUCGCUUUCGCAUCCGAUAUUAAAGGCCGAGAGUUAGCGGAAAAAUUCUCUAGUUCUGUAGGAGUCCCAGUGGAUGGAGUGGAUUGGAAGAUCGUAGACCUUGACACGGGAAAGGUUCUUGGCCAGAACCAAUGCGGCGAACUGAUGUUGAAGGCUGGUUUUCAGUUCAAAGGGUACCUCAACUAUGAUUCCUCCGACACGAUAGACUCGGAUGGUUGGUACAGGACGGGAGAUCUAGCGUACUAUAACGAUGAGAAUUGUUUCUUUAUUGUUGAUAGAAUUAAGGAUAUCUUCAAAUACAAGGCCUAUCGCAUAUUACCGAGCGAAAUCGAAUGCAUUCUUCUCGACCACCCCAUCAUUAAAAAUGCCGUGGUUCUCGGUCUGCCACACCAGACGGAAGGCAACCAUUCCAUGGCACUGAUUGAAUUACUCGAAGGAAAAGCAAUAAGCGCCGACGAAGUUGUAAAAUACGUUGACGAAAGGGUUGCGGACAAACAUCGCUUGCGUGGGGGGGGUAAAGAUUGUUGAUAGACUUCAACGCACGGUUACUAAUAAGAUUAAUCGUUUUAAA